UUUUGCUAUGAGAUAUAUUUAACAAAUUUAGAUAGAAGAUAGAUAUAUAAACUAUUCUUCUUAUUCUUCUUCUCUUCCUGACAACAAUUAUUUGUAUUCAUCUCUAAAAAAAAUCUAUGGAGGGUUCUUCCGAUUUAAACGGUUGUGAUUUUGUAUGAACUAUAUAUAGAACACACAACUAUCCAUAAAUUCAAGAUAGGCACCAUCAUCUCCAAUCUUUUGUUUCUUCUUUCUUCAAGCCUGAUAAUUUGUUCUUGAAAUGCCUUCAAGCAAAGACCCCAACAGCCAGAAAUUUACAAAACUAAAGAAAGUAGAAACUGAUCCAGACCCCGACCUUUACGACAUAACAUACGUCGAUGUAACUCCCUCUGAAAGCUGCUCUUCUCCAUUGGCCAAAUCACCAUGGUCCGUACAAGUCGAUCCCAACCUCAUAGAACCGCCACGUUCUUCUGCGUCAAAAUCCACGGCGUCGCACGCCAAAGAACCAAAGAAAUAUUCUCCCAACAUUCUCAUGGGAUCCCUGGUCCGCGAAGAAGGCCAUAUCUAUUCUUUAGCCACCUCUGGCGAUUUACUCUUCACAGGAUCCGACUCCAAGAACAUUAGGGUUUGGAAAAACCACAUCGAGUUCUCCACGUUCAAAUCCAACAGCGGGUUGGUUAAAGCUAUUGUUCUUGCAGCGGACAAGAUAUUCACCGGACAUCAAGACGGGAAGAUCCGCGUUUGGAAAGUCUCGUCUAAAGACUCGAGCGUGUUCCGUCGCGUUGGCACCAUGCCGCUUAUCCGAGACUACAUCAAAAACUCCAUAGCCUCUUCCUCUUACUUAGGUUUCAUGAGACGGAACCGAACCAGCACAAGCGCGCAAGGGUUCCGACAUCUUGACGCCAUCUCGUGUCUAGCGUUGAGCGAAGACAGGAGGCUGUUGUACUCGGGGUCGUGGGAUAAAACGUUUAAAGUGUGGAGAGUCUCUGACCUGAGAUGCUUGGAGUCGGUGAACGCGCAUGAUGACGCGGUGAACGCGGUCGUGGCCGGUUUUGACGGUUUGGUUUUCUCCGGUUCAGCGGAUGGUUCGGUUAAGGUGUGGAGGAGAGAGGACCAAGCCAAGGAGACGAGACAUUUCUUCUCCGAGACGUUAUUGAAACAAGACUGCGCAGUGACGGCGAUAGCGGUUGAUCAGAGCGGGAUGUUAAUUUACUGCGGUUCAUCUGACGGAACCGUUAACUUUUGGGAACGGGAUACUAAUAUGAAAAACGGCGGCGUUUUGAAAGGGCAUAAACUCGCCGUUCUUUGUCUCUUCGCGGCGGGGAAUUUGUUGUUCAGUGGUUCUGCUGAUCUCGGGAUUCGCGUUUGGAGGAGACCUGAACGCGGUGGUGGUGGCGGCGGCAGAGGUGGAGAGCACGCGUGUGUUUCGGUUUUGACAGGACAUGCAGGUCCGGUGAAGUGUUUGGCGGUGGAGAGAGAUCAAGAGUCUGUUUCGGGUGAGAGACGGUGGAUUGUGUACAGUGGGAGUUUAGAUAGGUCGGUGAAGAUGUGGCGUGUUUCGGAGAAUUCUCCGCCGUUGGAAUUUAUGACAGAUUCGUCUGGUGGUUCUUCUAGGUUAACGGUGGCUCCUAGCUUCUCGGCUCAAGGGAGAAUUAGCCACAAUAAAUAGUUAUAUAAUUUUGUACGCAAGCGAAAAAACACUAACUUAUUUAAAUGUUUAUUAUGUAAAAGAGAUUGAUCCAAGAAAAAAAAAGAUUGAUCCAAACAGUUUAUAAGACCAUGAUCAACGAAAGUAUACGGUUUCAUAAUUUUUAACUAAAAAAAAUAUUUCAUAAAUAAAAGAUAUAAAAAACGCAUUUUAAUAGAAAAAUGCCAAAUCAUGAUCUAAGAAUCUCAAAUAGAUCUCUUUCAUUAAUCAUGUUCUAACACUGUUCUAUAAUAUGUUUUAUAAGGUCAUAUAUUCGGCGGAUAUACUCUGUUCAGACAAAAAAUUACUGAAAUUAUAAUAUUCAGUUAACUAUACGGUUAUUCUCAAUUUUAAAUCAACUUUGGUUUAGCUCAGACAAAUUAAAAAGAUGACAGAGAAACUCUUUUUUAUAUAGGUCUUCGAGUAUGAUUAAUUGGGAUUCUUAAAGUGGAUUCUUAGCGAAAUAUAAGAUACCGUCUCUAAAUUUUUAACUAAAAAAAGCUAAAACUAAUUCUUAGUUUUUUUAAUUAAAAGUUAAAAGACGCUUUCUUAUAUUCCGCUAAGAACCCUACCUUAAAAACGCCCUCCCCCCCCCCUUUCUAUUAAUCAUUAUCUUUUACCCACGAUCUUGAUAGGUCUUUAACCACUAAAAUAAUCUGAAACGACGAAAAAGAGGAAGAGAAAUAGAAAGUCUGUCUCUCGUUAGAAACUCAUAUACAAACUUAAUAUUCAAUGAUUCAAUUUUUUUUUUGAAGAUUGUCGUGAGAAACUUAUUUAAAGGCUCUAAAACGGUGCGGGACAAACGGGUUGGAUAUUGCAGUAUGGUUUAACUGUGGUUUGUAUAAGAAAAACACAUACCGCGGAACAACUACGGAUCGUCUCAAAUAAAUGGUUCAAAACGAAGUAUGAAUGGUGAUAUAUAAAAUGAAUAGUAUAACUGCGGGAUAUAUUUAUAUUUUCAAACUAAAAAUUUAGUGGUACUAAUAUAAUUUUUAAAAAUAUAUUUUAUAUAUUUGAAAUGUAAAAUUUAUCAUGCUAUUGCGAAAUUUUAUAUCUAAUAUCUUGUUUUAUUUUUAAAAUUAUAAUUGUGUUAGAUGUUGUUUAAGCAAAACUAAAUAAAUUAUA